AUGUCUCGUUGGUUCGAUCAAUCGACCAUACUCCUGAUGGGUAUGAUGUUGUUUAGUAUAUUAAUAUGGAAUACAGCGAAAAGUUCGAUAAUGAGGUGUGAAGAAGCAAAACUAAAAUGCGCUUAUAGAACAGGCUGUGGCACUGCUUUGCAGCACUAUCUUACGGGCUGUGCGCCUGUUCUCCAAGGCAAUGAUUGUUCCGAGACCUGCCAACAUGCCCUUAUUGCUCUUACAAGCACUGAUGAGGGCAAAGAACUUAUGACAUGUGAGUGUGAAGACGAGUUAUGUUUACAAUCAAAACAAAGGGUGGAAAUAUGCAGAUCAUCUGUAACAAUGGCAAUGAAUAGGACAAGAGUAUCUUGCAGGAUAGCAACUUGGAUUUGUAAUGCAGAUGCUCUUUGUCAAACUGCACUUGCAUAUUACAAUAAAUAUUGCAAGAGUAUGUUCCAAGGACAUAAAUGUACUAGACGAUGCAAAAACUCAAUAAAUAUUUUAACAAGACAAGAAAAGGCUGCAAAAUUAAAUACUUGUCAAUGUGAUGGUUUUGAAGAAUAUGAUUGUAAAGGAAUUCAUAGGAAUAUGAAUCUCCUUUGUUUUGAAAAAAUACACCAUGGUUACCGUGACGUUAAUAUCGAAGAUGAAAGAAGAAAUGAAUUUUUAACACCAAAUAUGAGCCUGAGAGGCGAUGGUGUUCAAAUAUUAAUCGACAGAAAACUAUUUUUUCUUUCUUUAUUGAUUUAUCAUAUACUUAAAGGGAGGCAAGACUGAUAAUUAAAAAGAAUCCAGAAAAAUCUCCAAAAAGCAACAGUAUUCCAUGAAACCAAUGACCAAAGAUCU